CGGAGUGAAACCACUCAGGUAUAAACAAGCGGUCUUCGGCCUCCCAUGGACUUGGGGCGAACUCACCCGUUAUCUUCGAGCUCUCCAUGAUGCUUGGUGUCCUGCUCGUCCCGUUCGCCUUGUUUAGUGUACUGUUUCUCGUUUUGAGAAUUGGCAAAAGGGACACACGCCUUCCUCCAGGACCUCCAACGUUGCCUGUUCUGGGCAAUCUUCAUCAGAUCCCACGGAAAGGAUCUUACCUGAAAUUUACCGAAUGGGCCAAGCAGUAUGGUGGUCUGUACUCGUUGAAAUUGGGCACUGCCACCGCAGUAGUCAUCACCGAUCGCCGUAUCAUCAAAGAACUGGUCGACAAGAGAAGUGCAAAGUACAGCAACCGACCCGUCUCAUAUGUCUCGCACGAUCUCAUGACAUCGGGAGACCACCUUCUGGUGAUGCAGUACGGACAGCAAUGGCGGUCCUUGCGCAAAAUCAUCCACCAACAUUUCAUGGAGACGAUGGUCGAGAGACAUCAUCUUGAGGUCCAGAAUGCCGAAGCAGUGCAGAUGCUUCGUGAUAUGUGUGUGCGCCCGCAUCAACACAUGCGUCAUCCUAAACGCUUCAGCAAUAGCAUCAUUAUGAGUCUGGUAUUUGGAAUUCGGACACCCUCGGUGGAUACCCCGCACAUGACUCGUCUGUAUGCUAUGAUGGAGACCUGGUCGCAGUUGAUGGAGCCCGGUGCUACUCCUCCGGUCGAUAUCUACCCACUGCUCCACUACAUCCCGCAGAAACUGUUUGGCAACUGGCGCGCAAGAUCGCAGGCCGUGGGUGCAGAGAUGAACGACUUAUACGCAGGCGUGCUGGACCGUGUUCGAGAGCGCCGCAAGUUGAAGGGAAGCCAAGGAUCGCUCAUGCAUACUGUGCUAGAUGAAGAGGAGAAGUUCAACCUCAACCGCCAUCAACUCUAUUUCCUAGGUGGCGUAUUGAUGGAAGGGGGCUCUGAUACUACGAGCUCCCUUCUUCUGGCAUUUAUCCAUGCUAUGACCAAAUGGGGUCAUGUACUCCAGAAGGCGCAAAGGGAGAUUGACAGUGUCAUUGGCGACGAUCGAACUCCGGUUUGGUCGGACUACGCACAGCUGCCGUACGUGGCGACGAUCGUGAAAGAAGCCCAGAGGUGGCGGCCUGUCGGGCCUCUUGCCUUUCCCCACGCAGCUGCCGAAGAUGAUUGGAUCGACGGUUACUUGAUCCCCAAAGAUGCCACCGUCAUUAUCAACUCGUGGGGACUGCACCACGACGAAACUCGGUUUCCGAGCCCCGAUAUCUUCGAUCCCGAUCACUACAAGGGCCAGACGAUGCUGGCCCCCGAGCUCGCAGCAGCAGCCGACUACGAAAGCCGUGAUCACUACGGCUAUGGGGCGGGACGUCGAAUCUGCCCCGGUAUUCACCUCGCGGAACGGAAUCUUUUCCUGGCGAUUGCCAAACUUAUCUGGGCGUUUUCGAUCGAACCCGACUUGGAUGAACAGGGUCAACCGGCCAAGUAUGACUUUAGCCCACACACGGGGUACAGCGAGGGCUUCUUGGUGUGUGUGAAGGACUUUCCUUGCGUGAUCAAGCCGAGAUCGGAGGCCCGGCAGACCACCAUCAUGAGGGAGCUGGAGGUGGCCCAGAGGGAUGUUUUCUCGCGAUUUGAGACCUAGUAUGAUUGCACAUGUCCACUGCGUAAAUAGGCGAACUUGCCCAAUGAUAAACGACAUCUAAAGUC